UGGUCGUGACUCGUGUGACUCGGUGCGUGAGCAUAAUCCACACUUCCACAGAGAGAGCAAGACGAGGUGAAGCGGCGCAAGCAACAGUGCAACACGCCAGGCAACACGGAAGCGACUAGCGAGCGAGAUAAUUAUCAUCGUCCACUCUAUCCGCCUCCAGCUUGCCCCGCCUCGGUCCUCGGAGGUGUAGGAGCGACCGACCAUGGGGAGCGCGGGGGCGCUGCUCUCGCACUCGCCUCCGGGGCUCGGCGGAUUCCCUCCUCGCCACCAUCACCACCACCGUCUCUCCGUCCUCCGUUGCGUACCGCUCCUCCCCUCCCCGGCGCCCGAGCCCCUCAGCUGUCGCCACGGCCGGCACCUUCGCUGCGCCGCCGUCGACGGGGGAGCCGGCCGGGAGACGGAGCGUCCCUCGCCGCCCGCACCUCAGAGGGAGGAGUCGCCGUCGGGCAGCCUCGGCGCAGCCCUCGAGGACCCAUCUCCUCAACCUGUCCAAAAUGGAUCUUUUGGAGGUAUCACAGAGGAUGAAGAACAGAGUAGCCUGUACAAUUUUCUUUAUCCGAGCAAAGAGCUACUUCCUGAUGAUAAGGAGAUGAGUAUAUUUGAUCAUCUAGAGGAACUUCGUGACAGGAUAUUUGUCUCAGUAUUGGCUGUUGGUGCUGCGAUACUUGGUUGUUUCGCUUACUCCAAAGAUCUUAUUAGAAUUCUAGAAGCACCAGUUAGUGUUCAGGGUGUUCGGUUUCUGCAGCUCUCUCCUGGAGAAUUUUUCUUUACAACAUUGAAGGUCUCUGGUUAUUGUGGCCUUCUACUUGGGAGUCCUGUUAUUCUGUAUGAGAUAAUAGCAUUUGUUCUUCCGGGUUUAACAAGGGAUGAACGUAAAUUCCUAGGGCCCAUUGUUCUGGGCUCUUCUGUACUAUUCUACCUUGGCAUUUUCUUCUCCUACACGGUUCUUGCUCCUGCAGCAUUGAAUUUCUUCGUGAACUACGCAGAUGGGGCAGUGGAAUCGUUAUGGUCGAUUGAUCAGUAUUUUGAGUUUGUGCUUGUGCUUUUAUUCAGCACAGGAUUAUCUUUUCAGGUCCCUGUUAUCCAGCUACUGCUGGGGCAAGUCGGUUUGGUUUCUAGUGACCAAAUGCUUUCCAUCUGGAGAUAUGUUGUUGUUGGCGCUGUAGUUGCUGCUGCUGUGCUUACACCGUCGACAGAUCCGUUGACUCAGAUGCUCUUGGCUGGUCCGCUGCUUGGCCUGUACUUGGGUGGUGCUUGGAUGGUCAAGCUAACUGGUCGAUAAUUCCUACUAGUAUUUUGUAUUAAUUAGCAUCAUAGUCAUGGCGGUGGUUCUGGACAAAUCGCAUUCCCCAUUGUAACAUAGUUCGUAUAAAAUUAACUCUUUUUUUCUCUUCAACAAAUCUCAUAAAUAUUGUUUUUCCUCUUC